CGACGCGAGCUCACCAACCAAGCCAGUGUGAGGCAACUCUGGUCUUGGUUGGACGUCUGAGAAAGGACGUCUAAGAAACGCUAUGGGGCUUUUGUCAGAGGGCACACCGCUCUCCUGGCCCGAGACCAAAAAGCAUGCUGACCACGUGCGAGAACAUGGCAUCAAACAGUUCAUCAACCAGUUUCAUCAGCUGAAGGGUCGCCAGGGAGAUUGUCUGAAAUGGGGUGAUGAGAUCGAGUACAUGAUCAUCAAACUCGACCACAAGAACAGGAAGGCGAGACUGAGCUUGCGCGGCUCCGAGCUCCUUGAGGUGCUCCGGGAGGCCGAGGAAACCAACCCCAAGGAAGUGAGGUCUCUCUGGCGACCUGAAUAUGCAGAAUACAUGGUGGAGGGGACACCAGGGCAUCCCUAUGGCUCCCUCGUGCAACAUUUCAACAUCGUCGAACACAACAUGAGUUUCCGGAGGAGUGAAGUGCAGAGUCUCUUGCAGCCUGACGAAGUGGUGCUCUCCCUGACGAAUUUCUUCAGGCUGGGUUGCGAGGACUUCACGCACCCUCCUUCGUGGCCCAACCCCAAUUCAGGAGCGUCGAGGUCCCUGUUCUUCUCCGAGGCCGCCAUCACCCAGAGCCACCCGCGGUUCGCCACGCUCACCAGGAACAUCCGCGAGCGCAGGGGCGAGAAGGUGGCCAUCAACGUUCCCAUUUACAAGGACCUGAAAACGCCACGUCCCUUCGUUGAAGACCUGAGCCAGUAUGGAGACGAUGGGAGCUCGGCAGCGGCAGCUAAAGAAGACCACGUCUAUAUGGACGCAAUGGGCUUUGGGAUGGGAUGCUCAUGUUUGCAGAUGACUUUCCAGGCUUGCAACAUACGAGAGGCUCGGGUUCUGUACGACCACCUCACCCCGCUUUGCCCAGUCAUGCUUGCACUCACCGCUGCCACCCCUAUCUACCGUGGCUACCUGACAGACGUGGACUGCAGAUGGGAUGUUAUUUCAAGUUCUGUGGACUGCCGAACGCGUGAAGAACGAGGCCUAGAGCCCCUCAGGAAUGACAGAUUUGUAAUACCAAAGUCACGCUAUGAUUCUGUGGAUUGUUACCUGUCUGAAUGUGGUGCAAGAUACAAUGAUAUUCCCCUUGUAUAUGAUAAGCAAAUAUAUGAUCAACUUGUCGACAGUAAGAUUGACGAGUUUAUGGCCCAACACGUGGCCCAUCUUUUUAUUCGGGAUUCUAUCUCUCUCUUCUCGGAAAAGAUCCAUCAGGAUGAUGAAAAGGAAAUGGAUCAUUUCGAGAACAUCCAGAGCACUAAUUGGCAGACGAUGCGAUUCAAGCUGCCACCUGUGAAUAGUAACAUUGGAUGGCGAGUUGAAUUCCGACCCUGUGAAGUACAAUUAACGGACUUUGAAAACGCUGCCUUUGGAGUGUUCAUUGUGCUCUUGACACGUGCAAUACUCACCUUUAAACUAAAUAUGCUUAUUCCUAUCUCUAAGGUUGAUGAAAAUAUGAAAAACUGCCAGAAGCGUAAUGCUGUUCUGGAUGAAAAGUUAUGGUUUAGAAGGGAUCUCUUCUCUCGAGACUGUGACAAGGGAGAUGAUGCUAGUCUGAUGACUGUGAAUGAAAUCAUCAAUGGAAAGGGUGAAGAAUUUGUCGGUCUCAUUCCCCUGGUGCGGCAGUACCUAGGUGCUCUAGACAUGGAUGCAGACACUGCCUGUACCACUGGCCAGUACCUCAAUUUUAUUAGUGCUAGAGCUGCUGGUACAGCCAUGACUACUGCUGCCUGGCUGAGGAGCUUUGUCACAUCACAUCCUGAAUAUAAGCAAGACUCUGUUGUAAGUGAUGGGAUUGCAUAUGAUCUCAUUAUUGCUGCCAGUGAAAUCACUCAAGGGAAGCGCGAGUGCAAGGAACUGCUCGGUGGAACGCCCAAAACCAGAACGUCAGAGGACAUCCCCAAAGCCAUGAAGAAAAUCAUACAGAUGACCUGCAUACCUCCACGCAAUGCCGAAUUUGUGAGGCUAUUACUGAGCGAGCAACAACCACCAGCUUCAUUCAUUGAUGCUCCUGGCUGGACUGCAAGGACAGACCUGGCGAUGCCAGGUCCUCUAGACAGAGAGCUGGUUGUUCGGGUGUAGACUUGGUAUUUUGGCCUUUAUCUUGAAUAACCACCAAGAUCAUCCACAGGUACUACAACCCUAACAUAAACACAACUUCCACGACGACAGCCCCCUUACCACCAAAAUAUUUUUCUACCAUCAUAAGUAAGUUAGGCCACACCAGUUUUAUGUAUUGCUUCUUGGAUUUCCCUCUUCAAUUUUUUGCAUUAGAAAAUUAGAAAAAAAAGGCCGAACCAGAAACCAUUACAGAUUUUGCUUUUGCAAACCUGUAAAUAUUGCCACUAUUAGAGAGACAUGCUUUUAUUAGAGAGCUUCCUUGUAGUCAUAUGCUAGAGGACAACCAAUCAAAAAGCAUUUUAUUUUUCAAAACAAUAUGGUGCCUUAGAAGGUUUUGUUGUGUGCUGGUGUGUGCCACUCUAAAUUCUAGAACAGUUUUAAACUAUAAGGUUAGUUCAGUUUAGAAUUUAGUUAUAGAGAAGUUUAGAGGAUGUAGACAGUAGAGCAGAUUGAUGUUUUCUUUGUAAAGCUGAAAGUUUACAUGCCAAAAAAUACAACAACAUGCCAGAGGAAAGGGACCUGACAGCACUGUUGUUGUAUGGGUUCUUAUUUAUGGGGUAUGGAUUGCUUGUUUUUUAAGGUUACUGGCUUAUUAAACAUAAAAAACAAAAAUUACAAUAAUAGUAGUAAAUGGAACACAAGUAAAUUCAGUCAAAAGCAAUUUUUUAUUUGGAAUUGUAGUAAUAGAUCAAAGGACAGGAUUCAUUAUAUAAAAUGUGCCAUGAAAAGCUGAAAAUUUGAAUAAUCCUGUUAUUCUUCAUGUUCUGUAAGGCCUAUAUUUUCACCCCAGACUUUUUGUGUUUUUUUUGCCGUUGCUCCAUUUUUUUUUUUUUCUUUAAUCCAAGAAGCAACAAAUAAAAUUGGUGUGGCCUUAAGGUUACAUUUCAUCAACUAGUGCACUGAAUGUGGCACAAGUGUCACUGCUUUUGGCUGAUGAAAUAUUGAAGGGCCCAAAUAUAAAUUUGGUUAUGAACUUAGACCAGAAAAAAAUUAUAUUUCCAUAGGAAACUCAGAUUCUGAGGAGUACCUUCCUUUUCAUUUACACUUGUUUAGCGCAUCUUUCCUCUCCCCCCAAAAAAGUAUCAUACAGCUGUCAUGCCUGAUACUAAAUUCUACAGCUGCAAUUAAAUUUUCUUUCCAUUUAAAAAAUUGCCAAUUCAGUCUUCAUUAUUACAGAACAGUUUCCAAAGUGGUUCAUAUCAAUGGAACCAUCCAAGGGAACAAUGAGAAAUUAAAAUAUAAUAAUGAUAUAAAAAAUGAAUAAUAAACAGGUCAA